UAUUUUCAUCUUUAAUUUAGAACAAUUUUAAUUAAAUAUCAUUUCUUUUAUUUCUUUAAACUUUCGAAAAUUAAUAAUGAUAAAAAAUUUUUGAAUAUAUUUAAUUUUAAUCUUGAUAAAAAAUACAAAAUCCUAAGAAUAAUUAAAGUGCAAUUAAGAACAAAUAGAUGUAUCGUAAAAAAUGUUAUAAAAGUGGAUUAAGUCGUUGGCGCAAUCGCAAAUAUUAGAAACAUCGCGAGGCGCCACUGCAUCCUGAUUUUAACCUUUUCCUUCCCUCGAAUAGGAGUAGCUUUCAGUAUUGAAAACGCUAUCGAAGCGCGCUGUUCUCGAAGGUGUUUCAUUAUAUUUCCAAUGAUUGUCAAAAAUUAAUUAAAUUAAUAAAUUUUUCAUAUAUUUUUCAUUUUACAUUAUUUUUUAAAUAAGUACAAGAAUAUUGAAUAUCACUUCUUUUUCUAUGAAUAAGACCUAUUUGUUGUACGAAGAUAACAAGUUUCUUUGAAAUAAAAUUUAUUUCUUCAUUGAAAAAUAUGUGCAAUUUUAUUUUUUGAUUUUUUCUUUUUUGUCGAUCGAGAUUUCUAUUAUUUCAAUGAUAAAGAUUGAACGAAAUCGUGUAAAAUUGUAUAAAAUUACAAAUUAUUAUAUAAAAUUACAUAUUAAAUAUAAUUAUUAUUUCGCGACGGAAUUAAAAUAUUUAUGAUUUAUGCGAGUGAAAAUUUAUUUUAUUUAUAUUAUUUGUAAAAAGUUAAAAUAUCAUUUACAUGACUAUUUCGAAGAAGUUAUUCGGGAGGUGGAGGACGAAAAAUUAUAAUGAUCGAGAGAUGAUCGAGAGAUCAUCAAUAAUUUUUGAAGAUUUGUUAGAAUUUGAAAGAAACGGGAAGAACAACGAAUGAAGAUGAAAGAAUUUCAUACGUAAAAAAAUGGCACCAUUCCAUGGCAUGGCCCUUAUAUUGCUUGGAAUCGGAUACCUGUUACACGCAGAACCGCCAUCCGAUCAUCGGACUUUAGCGGUGCAACGAUUCGAUGGGGAAAAAACGGAUAAAGGCGAACGGUCGCAACGAGGUGCGAAGAGGACGUAUUUUUAUAAAGACUCGCCCCAAAAAGUGACCGCUGUUGUGGGACAAACUGUUGUGCUGUUGUGUCGUGUUAAAAAUCUGGGGAAUAGAACAGUGUCUUGGAUUCGAAAAAGGGACUUGCACAUCUUAACGUCCAUGUCGGUGACUUACACGAGCGACGCAAGAUUUAAGAUAGUCGGCAAUCCGGACCACGACGACUGGAAUCUGCGAAUAGAUUACGUUCAACCACGGGACGAUGGCAUUUACGAGUGUCAAGUUAAUGCAGAGCCCAAGAUAUAUAGGGCGAUUACUUUGAAAGUUUUGGAUGUGCAGGCAAAGAUCACGGGGCCCGAGGAAGUGUACGUGAAAAAGGGAAGCACGAUCAGUUUGACGUGUAUCGUGGACGUGCAAGAUAUCUCUCCGAGCAACGUGACUUGGUACCAUGCCGGUGCCAUGAUCGAUUUCGAUGGUCCAAGGGGUGGCGUUUCCCUGGAAACGGAGAAAGGCGAACAUCCUGCGGCUAUGCAGCACGGUGGAACCGGGAACAUCAACAGGAGGGUGAUUUUGUUCAGCCUGGUUCUUCUAAUGGGCACGAUAUUCCGGUGAACGAUAAACGGACGAAUUUCUUCGUUGUCCGUGCCUGUUUCCCCAUCAAAAAUCGUCGUCACCCGAUCGACGAAUCAACGACGCGCAUCAGGGAGGGGGAAGAGAGACAGAGACAGAGACAGAGACAGAGACAGAGACAGAGACAGAGACAGAGAGAGAGAGAGAGAGAGAGAGAGAGAGAGAGAGAGAGAGAGAGAGAGAGAGAGAGAGAGAGAGAGAGAGAGAGAGAGAUCCCCGUGAUUUAUGAGCUUCGACGUUUAUCUUCGCGCGAACCGAAUUUUUCGAACGAAAUCGAAAAAAGAUGAUGAUUCGCGUCGCGCCAACGAUUUCGACAUGUAUCGAACAUGUGUAUGUGUUCUAACCACACUGACUGUAAUAUUCUUAUAGAAUAAUAAUAAAUAUUUCGCGAUAUUCGUAUAUGUGUACGAGAAAAGAGAAAGAAGAAAGAAGAAAGAAGAAAGAAAAGAGAAAAGAGAAAUAAGAGGAACAAGAAAUGUUUGUUUUGAAAUAGAUAACGAUGACAUCUGUUAUAUCGACUUCAUUUCGUUCGUUCGUCACACUCGCGGGCGCUAAGGCAGCCCAGUCGCGAGUUGCCGCUCUUUCCCCCUCCAUUGUCCCGCCUUCCUCCUUCCCCCUCCCUUCGUUCGCCCAUCCCCACUCUUUUCUCCUUUCUCCUUCAACGCGACGAAUGGAAGCGAAGCGUGGCGGCGCUCGUGCGAAAUUGGUUCUUUUCAAUUUUAAGUUAAUUUUCGUGUAACGCAUUGGCAGUGCACGAUUAACCGGCGCUUACACGCAUUAAAUCCGGGCCACGUUUUCCGAUAAUGGGGAAGGGAUGGGGUUCCGAAGUCCGGCACGCAGCCGGAUUUCUCUUUGGGAGAGGAAGGGAGGGAUGCUGCAGGUUUCAUUUUAUGCAAAUCGGGGGGGUCUGUUGGGCACAUGUAAAUUCGUUCGGAAGAUCCUCACGUUUGCUCCUCUCGCCAAGAAUCGCCAACACUGUUGCUGUUUACGCUUUCUUUUUUUUUUUUAUCUAUGUUAGGUUAGGAUUUCGAAAGGUAAGAUUCAGUCGAAUGGAUUAAAAUCUCUCGUCAAAACGGAUGCAAAUAAUUUUACAAUUUUCCCUUUUUCUGUGAAAAUGAUUCCUUCUUAAUUUCAGAGCGAGAAAUUAAAUUCGUUGGUUAAGAGUUAAGAGGAAAGAAAAAGGAUCGAAAAUCGAUCGAAAGAUACUCGAGAACGCGUUUCGUUUGAUUUAUAAUCUUUCCGUGGUAAAAAAAAAAAA